GCCGGGGCCGGGGCCUCACCAUGGCCGGGGCCAUCGCGUCCCGCAUGAGCUUCAGCUCUCUCAAGAGGAAGCAGCCCAAGACGUUCACCGUGCGCAUUGUCACUAUGGACGCGGAGAUGGAGUUCAACUGCGAGAUGAAAUGGAAGGGGAAGGACCUGUUUGACCUGGUGUGCCGAACUCUGGGACUACGGGAAACCUGGUUCUUUGGACUGCAGUACACAAUCAAGGACACGGUGGCCUGGCUCAAAAUGGACAAAAAGGUGCUGGAUCAUGAUGUUUCAAAGGAAGAGCCGGUCACCUUUCAUUUCCUGGCCAAAUUUUAUCCAGAGAAUGCAGAGGAGGAGCUGGUGCAGGAGAUCACUCAGCACUUAUUCUUCCUCCAGGUGAAGAAGCAGAUUCUGGAUGAGAAGAUCUACUGCCCUCCUGAGGCGUCGGUGCUCCUGGCUUCCUACGCGGUCCAGGCCAAGUAUGGUGACUAUGACCCCUCUGUUCACAAGCGUGGGUUUUUGGCCCAGGAGGAGCUGCUUCCAAAAAGGGUAAUAAAUCUGUAUCAGAUGACACAAGAGAUGUGGGAGGAGAGAAUUACCUCUUGGUAUGCAGAGCAUCGAGGCAGAGCAAGAGAUGAAGCUGAAAUGGAAUAUUUGAAGAUUGCCCAGGACUUGGAGAUGUAUGGUGUGAACUAUUUUGCAAUCCGGAAUAAAAAGGGCACAGAACUGCUGCUUGGUGUGGAUGCUCUGGGACUCCAUAUAUACGACCCUGAAAACAGACUGACUCCCAAAAUCUCCUUCCCUUGGAAUGAAAUCCGGAACAUCUCCUACAGUGACAAAGAGUUCACCAUUAAGCCUCUGGACAAGAAGAUUGACGUCUUCAAGUUUAACUCCUCAAAGCUGCGUGUUAACAAGCUGAUUCUGCAGCUGUGCAUUGGGAACCAUGACCUCUUCAUGCGGAGAAGGAAGGCCGACUCGUUGGAGGUACAGCAGAUGAAAGCUCAAGCCAGGGAAGAGAAGGCCAGAAAGCAGAUGGAACGGCAGCGUUUGGCUCGAGAGAAGCAGAUGAGGGAAGAGGCUGAGCGGACAAGGGAUGAAUUGGAGAGGAGGCUCUUACAAUUGAAGGAGGAAGCCACUAUGGCUAAUGAAGCCCUGAUGCGGUCCGAGGAGACGGCUGACCUGCUGGCAGAAAAGGCCCAGAUCACAGAGGAGGAGGCAAAGCUCUUAGCUCAGAAGGCAGCCGAGGCUGAGCAGGAGAUGCAGCGGGUCAAGGCCACGGCCAUUAGGACGGAGGAGGAGAAGCGCCUGAUGGAGCAGAAAGUGCUGGAGGCUGAGAUGCUGGCGCUGAAGAUGGCUGAGGAGUCUGAGAGGAGAGCAAAAGAGGCUGAUCAGCUUAAGCAGGACCUCCAGGAGGCCAGAGAGUCCGAGAGAAGAGCAAAGCAGAAACUCUUGGAGAUCACCAGCAAAGCUUCCUACCCGCCCCCCAUGAGCUCGAGUGCCCCAGCCCUGCCGCCCGACGUGCCCGGCUUCGGUCUCAUUGGCGAGAGCCUGUCUUUUGACUUUAAGGACACUGACAUGAAGCGGCUCUCCAUGGAGAUUGAGAAGGAGAACUCACCUUGCAGAGCACCAAGUCCCGAGUGGCCUUCUUCGAGGAACUCUAGGAACCAAGCCAGCCACCCGAGGAGUGGCCCCCGUGCACAGCGGGACCGCCCUGCGCGCGGAGGCGAUCCCCGGACACGCCGGCUGUGUGACGAGGAGCUUUCCUUCGGCCAGCGGCGACCCGAUGCCAACAACGUGCAAUGGCCUUGAACUCCAGCCCUUCCGAGGAUUUUUGGGGUGGGGUUCAAGUUUAUGGAUGUUUUUUAAAUGUGCAGUCUCCUUUGUCUGUUGUGUAGUUGUGGUGCCCACCUGGUCUUCAGAGACACUGUGGUUUGUACUUUUUGCCAGAGGCAGACUCGGCCUGUGCCCCAGGGGAGCUGGGGGGCUGGCGGGGAUGAGGCUCUCCAAGGAGAUGGAAGAGGCUGUGGUUACUCCCUGGGGGGCGUUCUCACCAACCCCUCUGAGCACCAGGGGCGGGGAAAUUGGGGGAUUUGUGCCACCGUCCCACGCCAGGGCUGCCAAAGGGUGGAAGAUCUGGACUUGCCGGGGCAGCCUCAGGGGCCGGGCCUGGGAAGGGAACGCCUGAGUUCUGGUGAUGUGGGGGCCCGCCUUGCAGAGAGAUGGGCCUCCGGGCUCUGGAGGAGGGAGGGGGGAGGUUUUCCCAGCCAGCAAGCCGUGGUCCGGGCGCUCUGGCAGAGCCAGCACAGUGGCCAUGGGGGCCGGUCGCCGGGGCCGUGUGUGGUGGGGAGCAGCCGCCCCCAGAGCCUGCUUCCCUGCCUGUCCUUUUUGUCUGGACUUCCCUCCCUGUGCCAUGGUUGGGAGAGCUCCCUGUUCCCUAAGACGUGAGGGACCCGAUAUUCCUUGGGACCUUCCAGUAAGCAGCCGAGGCCCAGCGGGCUCCCGCACUCUCUGCGGCUCACAGGUUCUCCCAGCCUGCCGUCACGGCCAGCCUCUCUCCGGCGCGGGUGACUCUCGUAUUCUCUCUUGGCAGGAGACGGGACAGGUCUGGCUCGUCUCCGCUUCUGUGCCCUGAAUCGUGCUCCCCGGCCCUCGCAGCGUCUGUGUUUGAUCUCGGUUCCCCCCCAAAGCCCUUUUUACAAAAGCUCCCGCUGGACAUUCGGGCCUUUCCGUCCCUCCUUGUGCCGAGUAAGGUGCCCGCCCCACAGCAGGGGUGCCGACUGUUCUGUGCUCAGUUGAUGACUAGAGAAGCGACUUUCCCUUGUCCUUGGUGGGAUGCUGCUCCCCCCGACCAAGGUCCCCCGCCUUGGACCUCCGGCUGCUAUAGGACCCGGGGCUUUGGAGCUUGUCAGAGACUAAGAAGUGAAGGAGCCCAUCCCGUGCAGUGCCAGGGGGCUGAGGGCUUCUUCCUGUGGCUCCUCUGCAGCCGGGCUGCCCUCUGGGACUGGGACCCAGGCUCGGGGAGAGCAGCGGGCUCCUCAUAUUCUCUGUGUCCCCAAGCUCCCCCAGCCUCCUGCCGCCUCUGUCUGUCCUUCCUGCUGGCAGGGGGAUGGCCUGAAUGACCUUGUGGCUGCUUGUGGCCGUUCGGCCGCAGCUUGAAUCCGGCGGGCUCGUUCUGUGUGUUGUCUGUGAUUUUUAAUAUAGAAACACUUAGCCAGUCAGAAGUCUGGGGGCCUGCCCCCCGGCCCUGGGAGCCUUCCUCCCAGACUGCUCCCCGGGGGGCUCUAGCUCUGCGGUACCCUCUGUCUCUGGCACAGCCUCCUCUGGGACCAGUGGGGGGACAAAUUGGGGUAGGGUUGGAGCUCAGCCAGGGUAAGUCUCGCUUUGGGUUGAGCUCCCUGCCCUGGGGAAGCCCGGUGCCUCCAGCUGCUGGGCCCAGCCCUGGCUUGCCAGGUAACGCCAGCCUCGAGGUUCGAGAGCGCCGCGUUCACACCGCCGACCCCUGGGGGAGAGCCCGGCCUGGGCAAGAGGGCCGAGCCCCUGACUCUGGCUCCCCUGAAACCUCCCACGUCCUCCCCCAGAGCUGUCCCAUGUCUGCCUCCCGUGCCCUUGCCCGGAUCCUCGUCCUUAAUACCUUGGCUCCCCUGACAUGGGGGAGAGCACAGACCCUGCCUGAGGCCGAGUUCGAGUUCUGACUGCACCUCCCCAGACAUUCUCUCCGGGUCAGUGAAGUCACAGACCCAGCCCCUCCCCCAGGCAGGGACCCAAACGCCAAGCUUCCUCCGCCACGAAGGAUUUAAUGGCCACCCUCUGCUCGUGGGAAGGGAAUUCAGCUGGAGAGCUGCCCCCUUGUCCGCCCCCGCAGGCCCCUGCCCAGCAGACCCUGGUCCUCCGAGCGGGGGCCAAGCGUGCCCGGCUGCCCCAGGAUGAAGCCCCUGGUGGGUGGGCGGGAGGUGAGCGGGCCCCCAGGAGGAAGGGGGCUGCGGCUCGUUCCCCAGAGUGUAGAGGUGGCUUUGUCCCAUGUCUUUAAUGUCCCUGAAGCGCAUAAUGUGUAACCUGUACCUGAAACUUCUGACAUGCCAUUGGAGAGGAGGGAGGAGAUGGGCGGGAGCAGCAGUGGCUGCAUUGGGGAGCGCGGGGUGAGCUUGGGGGGCGGCCGGGCCCCUCACUCCCGCACCCAGACUGACGGUCUCCCCGAGGGACGUCUCGGCACUUAGCAGUGCCUGGGAGACGAGGUGUCCGGUGGCCGGAGCCUCCACACUCUGGGCCCAGGUACAUCCAGUCUUCUCGAGGGGAGAGGCCCCGCAGCUUCCUCGCUCUGUCUCUGUCCCCCCGCUCUCGUGUCUCUGUGUGUCCCCGUCUCCCCAUCUCCACUCUCUCCAGAGUCAAAGCACAUCCAGACCCCCCACUCCA